AUGUUCGACGCCAGCCUGCGGGGCUUCCAGGAGUUCGUGACGACAUUGUGCAACAACAACCGUCUAACGACAUUACCACUGCAUGCACACCAGGUUGUGGCAGCAUUCCUUGUCUACGAAUGCAUAUUCACGCUCCUCUCACCGGCCAUCUCGACCACGCUCUUUCGAAAUUCAUAUGGCCGCUUCCCCCGCCGCACCAGAGUGAACUGGGACGCACGGGUGGUGUCGACCAUCCAGGCGACGUUUGUCUCGUUCAUGGCCCUGCGAGUGAUCCUGGGCGAUGGCGAGGCUCGCAGCACCAUGUCUCGUGACGACAGGCUGUGGGGAUACUCACCUGCCAGUGGCAGAGUGCAGGCUUUCGCUGCUGGUUACUUCCUCUGGGAUGUCUUUCUCUGUGUCCGCCACCUCGAGGUCCAGGGUGUCCCAGCGCUCCUCCAUGGCGUGGCUGCGUUGGUAAUCACCGUCACGGGUUUUCGCCCAUUCGCAAACUUCUACGGCAUCAACUUCGUGCUGUACGAGCUCUCGACGCCCUUCUUGAACAUUCACUGGUUCCUCGACAAGGCGGGCCAGACAGGCACAACGAUCCAACUCGUCAACGGCAUCUGUCUGAUCGCCGCAUUCUUCGGCUGCCGCCUGGUCUGGGGAAACUAUCAGACGCUGAACCUGUCCCUGGACGCCUUUGAAGCCUGGAAGGCAUCCACCGGCGCAGAGUGCCUCGCUCAGAAGGGCCCUCCAAGAACAGGGGUGCCGUCGCCAGCAUUGUGCUCAACAGAUUUCCCCACCCGCCUGUUAACGGUGUAUCUGAUAGGCAACACGAUCCUGAGUGCGCUCAAUGCCUACUGGUUCGGGCUGAUGGUGAAGGCCCUGCGCAAGCGGUUCACACCUUCGUCGGCCUCGGGGAAGGAGAGGGGGAAGGAGAAGGAAGGAUAG